CACUGCCCAUCGUAGAAUAUCACGGGGUGUUAUUGAGAGCUGGAUGAUAUAUUAGAAAACAGUGGAAGGUCUGUAGUUCCUGAGAGGCUUGAUUUUGCUGUGGUCUCUGGGAGGUUAGAGAACCGUUGAGGAUCCCAUGACGGGCUGGUCAUUGUCCAGGAAACAAAAGUUUAGAGAGCUACUUCGUAGCAAUGGAGAGUCCUUGAAAAAUCAAAUGGAAUGAUUGUUUUUAGGUCUCUUGGACUGGCUCAGUUCCUGAUCGAGACUAUACCUGCUUCCAGGAAAGUUACCCGGACACCUGACUGGCUUUGGCACAGGCCUCCACAUGCUUCACAGCACUCUGUGACAGAUCUGGAUGCUGCAGGGCCUGCUGGGUCAGCUCAGGACACGACACAACCUUCUGAGUUAAGCCUAGACAAUCAAACCUCCUCAGGAUCAUCUUGAUCACAGAGGGGUUUCUGGGGUCAGCAUACAGGAAUGACUCCCAGAGGACUGUGGCCUUGCGUUGGUCAGCAGUUCCAGCACGUGCACCACCAGAUGGUUUGGACUUUACCACCACCUCCUCAGAAGGAAAUCAUUUGGCAGAAAUAACAUAUUGUUUUACUGUAUCAUUUAUCAAUACAACUGUCAAGCAAAGCCUUGUUAUUGCCUCUUUAACGACACAAUUGAAGCAAUAAGGAAAGCUGUGAUGGGAAUUUCAGUUUACUGUAAUUGACCCCAACCAUUUCCCUACCAGAACCUGCUCCAAUGUUGUUUUCAGUUUACUUCCUGAAUUGAGUGAAUUGACCACAACCAACCCCGGACUCUCAUGACAGGUUUAACUAUUACAAUUAGUAACUGGAGAUCUGGUCCUGGUAACCAAGAUGACAUCCAACCAUGACCUGCAUAGGGCCAACUGUUUUAGAUGUUCAUGACUCUAUAUGAAACAAAUAUAUUGUAAUAUCCAACAAUAUUGGUUGCGUGGGGUAAAUUGGUUAGAAUUCUGUACUUUGGAGCAUCAGGCCAUUCAUUGGAACUGCUGAAAAUGUUGGUACCUUUUAAUUUAAAGUAUAAAGCCAUGCCUGCUAAAGUGAAUGAUUACCUACUCAUUUUAAUGUGAAGUGUGUGUGUGUGUGUGUGUGUGUGUGUGUGUGUGUGUGUGUGUGUGUGUGUGCGUGCGUGCGUGCGUGCGUGCGUGCGUGCAUGCGUGCGUGUGUGUGACAUUAAUCAUUUAACAGCAGUUCUCCCAGGCUAUGGUCUGCAAAAAUACUAAUAAUACAUACAGUACCAGUCAAAAGUGUUGUAUGUAUCCAACAAUAUUGAUUGCGUGGGGUAAGUGGGUUAGAAUUGUGUAAUUCAGAGCAUCAUGCCAAAACUUGUAAAUGAUGAAAAGUGUGAUAUUGUAGGUUAGUAAUUCAUUUUCAACCACAUUUGUUCCAAGUUUUGUACCUUUUAAUUUCAAGCGUUUGAAAGCAGUAUAAAGCCAUGCCUACUAAAGUUAAUGAUUACCUACUCACUUUAAUCUGAAUUGAGUGUGUGUGUCAUUCAUUCCUGAAUUGAGUGAAUUGACCACAAUCAACCCCGGACUCUCAUGACAGGUUUAACUAUUACAAUUAGUAACUGGAGAUCUGGUCCUGGUAACCAAGAUGACAUCCAACCAUGACCUGCAUAGGGCCAACUGUUUUAGAUGUUCAUGACUCUAUAUGAAACAAAUAUAUUGUAAUAUCCAACAAUAUUGGUUGCGUGGGGUAAAUUGGUUAGAAUUGUGUACUUUGGAGCAUCAGGCCAUUCAUUGGAACUGCUGAAAAUGUUGGUACCUUUUAAUUUAAAGUAUAAAGCCAUGCCUGCUAAAGUGAAUGAUUACCUACUCAUUUUAAUGUGAAGUGUGUGUGUGUGUGUGUGUGUGUGUGUGUGUGUGUGUGUGUGUGUGUGUGUGUGUGUGUGUGUGUGUGUGUGUGUGUGUGUGUGUGUGUGUGUGUGUGUGCGUGCGUGCGUGCGUGCGUGCGUGCGUGCGUGCGUGCGUGCGUGCGUGCGUGCGUGCGUGCGUGCGUGUGUGUGUGACAUUAAUCAUUUAACAGCAGUUCUCCCAGGCUAUGGUCUGCACAAAUACUAAUAAUACAUACAGUACCAGUCAAAAGUGUUGUAUGUAUCCAACAAUAUUGAUUGCGUGGUGUAAGUGGGUUAGAAUUGUGUAAUUCAAAGCAUCAUGCCAAAACGUGUAAAUGCUGAAAAGUGUGAUAUUGUAGGUUAGUAAUUCAUUUUCAACCACAUUUGUUCCAAGUUUUGUACCUUUUAAUUUCAUGCGUUUGAAGGCAGUAUAAAGCCAUGCCUACUAAAGUUAAUGAUUACCUACUCAAUUUAAUCUGAGUUGAGUGUGUGUGUCAUUCAUUAUUUUACAGAAGUGCUCCCAGACUAUGGUCUGCACAAAUACUAAUAAUACAUUCUUUAGAUAAAUCAUUUUGUUAUGGGUCCUCUUAGGCCAUCAUUAUCACAUAUAUGCUUCUUCAGAAACCUCUUUCUCAUCCUAAUGUCUGCUUUAAUCUCACUUCUCGUCUGGAACACUCUGAGACGCCCAACCUGUUCUGAGAGAAGCCCGCUCCCAGCACCUGACCUCCUGCCACAAGACUACGCAGACGACCUGCCUGCCUGCUCAGCCAUCAUCAGAGGAGACCUGAAGGGCAUCGACAAGGAGCAGCUCAGAAGACUUCUGAAAACAAAGAAUAAGCCCAAGCGUCUGUCUGAGGCAUUCUACCACGACGUGACCCGAAACUGUAAAACGUACAUUACAGGCAGAGGGUUCGUCAUGAUGCCCCUGAGUGUGGAGGAGAGAGACUUCCCCAUCGCCUACUCCAUGGUGGUCCAUGAGAAGAUUGAGAUGUUUGAGCGACUCCUGCGUGCCGUGUACACACCUCAGAAUGUAUAUUGCGUGCAUGUGGACCAGAAAUCCUCAGAAGAAUUCAGGACUGCUGUAAAGGCUAUUGUGACUUGUUUUACCAAUGUGUUUGUGGCAAGUAAGACAGAGAGUGUGGUUUACGCAUCGUGGUCUCGAGUGCAGGCAGAUCUAAACUGUAUGAAGGACCUGUUGAAGUCACCUGUCCAGUGGAGGUACCUGCUCAAUACCUGUGGAACAGAUUUCAUUAAAACCAACGCAGAGAUGGUUCAGUCACUCAAACUGCUCAACGGGAGGAACAGCAUGGAGUCUGAGACCACCGUCGACUAUAAGAAACACCGGUGGCAGUAUCAGCACAAUAUAACCAAUAACAUAGUAGUCAGAACAGACGUUACGAAGAGCCCUCCUCCAAUCAGCACCCCCAUGUUUUCCGGAAAUGCCUAUUUCGUGGUCUCGAGGGACUUUGUCCAUCACGUGUUUGACAGCCAGGAGGUUCGGGCCCUGCUGGAGUGGGAGAGGGACACCUACAGUCCUGAUGAGCACCUGUGGGCCACUCUGCAGCGCAUGCCCUCAGUGCCAGGGUCUAACCCUCCUCACGUCAAGUACCAUGAAUCAGACAUGAACGCCAUCGCUCGCAUGGUAAAGUGGAGUUACCUGGAAGGAGAUGUGAGGAAAGGAGCCCCAUAUCCACCCUGCUCCGGUGCCUCCAGGAGAGCUGUGUGUGUCUACGGGGCUGGAGAUCUACGGUGGCUCCUACAACACCACCACCUCAUCGCUAACAAGUUUGACCCAGAGGUGGAUGAUGUAGCCGUUAGAUGUCUGGAGUCCUACCUUCGUUUCAAAGCAACAUAUGGUUCAUCUGGAAGUAUCCGGAAAAAGCUACGAAAUUAGAAAGGUUUGCACAUACCGUAAUGUACAUUUUUUUUGUGUGUUUUGGUAUAAUUUUUACGUGGUUGUUUUACCUAUUGAAUUGAACGCACUGAUUGGAAGAGGCUAUGGAUAAGAGCAUCUGCUAAGUUAUACCAAAAAUGUGCAUUUUCAUGUUGCAUUUAGAAUACACUCUCUAAACAACAGUUAUAUAUUUACACAGUCUAUAUAAUGUAUAUAGAUAUAGGUUGUACAAAAAAAAAUCAUAAUUGGGGUGUUCAAAUAUGUUGAGAAUUGUGGCACAGGAGAGUCUGAAAAGAAUGAAAUACCCUAACCCUGUUCAAUGUCAGCAGCAAUUUCCAGUGUGAAAAUAGACAGUCAGAGGAUUUUCUUCUGAAUAACUGGUCAGGGUAUACCACGUUCCAUUCAACUUCAGGCAACUUUGAUGUAAGGCUUGAUAACACCAAGGCAAUCACUUGGUUGCGGUGACUGAAAGGCUUGGAUAGCUGUGGAUUAGUGAGGAAUGUGGGCAGAGGUCAGAUGAAGGGAGAAGGAACCGUUUUAUUACACACUUCAUCUGCCGAGCAGCAAAGAUGUAGUGUUUAGAGGUGCAACGAGGAGACUCUGCCUAAAGGAGGGUAUAAAUAAUGGUGCUGGUGGGAACAUGAUUUUGUCUUUUCAGCUGUUUGACCCAGUGGGUGAAUAAACUUGGUUUGAGCUUUGA